CUCGACCACUCGCGGCACGUGUUUAUUUUUGUUUUGUUCUUUUCUCGCCGAGGCUUUCUGUGAAAAUGCUGGCCAAAAAACAAAAAAUGCAGGCGGAAACGGACUCCGCCGGUGAGGCACCACAGGCCACGCCCCACACGAUACAGGCGCGCCUUAUAUCAGACACGGGCGAGGAAGCUGGGCCGCCCAUUGAUCUGCCAGCGGGGAUUACGACCCAGCAACUGGGCCUCAUUUGCAACGCUCUGCUGAAGAAUGAGGAGACCACGCCUUAUCUGUUCUUCGUGGGCGACUACGAGAUCAAGAAGAGCCUCGAGGACACCCUGGACCUGGCUACCGUGGACACAGAGAAUGUCAUCGACAUUGUUUACCAGCCACAGGCGGUCUUCAAGGUUCGCCCUGUGACGAGAUGCACGAGCUCCAUGCCGGGCCAUGCCGAGGCUGUGGUUUCCCUCAACUUUAGUCCCGAUGGAGCGCAUUUGGCCAGCGGGAGUGGCGAUACGACUGUGCGCCUGUGGGAUCUCAACACAGAGACUCCGCACUUCACCUGCACGGGUCACAAGCAGUGGGUUUUGUGCGUUUCCUGGGCUCCGGAUGGCAAGCGCUUGGCCAGUGGCUGCAAGGCGGGCUCCAUAAUUAUCUGGGAUCCGGAAACGGGCCAGCAAAAGGGACGACCGCUCAGUGGACACAAGAAGCACAUCAACUGCCUCGCCUGGGAGCCAUAUCACCGGGAUCCCGAGUGUCGGAGGCUGGCGUCCGCCAGCGGUGACGGUGACUGCAGGAUUUGGGAUGUGAAACUGGGCCAGUGCCUGAUGAACAUUGCCGGUCACACGAAUGCAGUGACAGCGGUGAGAUGGGGCGGAGCUGGUCUCAUUUACACUUCCUCCAAGGAUCGCACGGUAAAGAUGUGGCGUGCUGCCGAUGGCAUCCUGUGUCGCACCUUCUCUGGCCAUGCCCACUGGGUGAAUAACAUUGCCUUGAGCACGGACUAUGUGCUGCGUACAGGUCCCUUUCACCCGGUCAAGGAUCGUUCCAAGAGUCACCUCAGCCAGAGCACUGAAGAACUGCAGGAAUCUGCCUUGAAGCGCUACCAGGCUGUCUGUCCCGAUGAGGUGGAGUCUCUGGUCUCCUGCUCGGAUGACAACACCCUCUAUCUGUGGCGCAACAACCAAAACAAGUGCGUGGAGCGCAUGACUGGCCACCAGAAUGUGGUCAACGAUGUGAAAUAUUCGCCGGAUGUGAAGCUCAUUGCCUCGGCAUCCUUUGACAAGUCGGUGCGUCUGUGGCGUGCCCAUGAUGGCCAGUAUAUGGCCACCUUCCGGGGACAUGUGCAGGCUGUUUACACGCUGGCCUGGUCAGCGGAUUCACGCUUGAUCGUUUCCGGCAGCAAAGAUUCCACAUUGAAGGUUUGGAGUGUUCAGACCAAGAAACUGGCCCAGGAGCUGCCUGGCCAUGCGGAUGAGGUGUUUGGCGUGGACUGGGCGCCCGACGGGUCUCGGGUGGCCUCUGGUGGCAAGGACAAAGUCAUUAAGCUAUGGGCCUACUAGACGUCUACAUCCUCCUUCAUAUUGUACUCUCUCCUUUAAGUGACUACCUGGGAAAAUAAAGCAAAGAUCCUGAGAGAUCUCGAGUGAUCCUGAGUAA